CAAACACGGAAGUCCAUAGGUUAUUACUUUCUGAAAGUGAAUGAUUUAAAUUUUAAGUUAACCUCAAAGCGAUAAUGCUGUGAUCUAUUGCAUGCAGUCUUAUAUUUUUAAUGCUGACCAUGUUAUAGGAGUCUCCUAAAACAAUUUGGUGAAUGAAGCUUGAUCUCUCAGUUCCCGCAGCUCCAGUGUGCAGCUAGAAUGACCUCAUGGCUAAAAAGAUCAUGAUCACAUACGCCUUGUGGGCAAUUGGUGGCCCACUUGGCCUUCAUCACAUUUACCUGGGCAGAGACAGCCAUGCUCUUCUUUGGAUACUAACCUUCGGCGGUUUUGGCCUUGGCUGGGCAAGGGAGUUCUUCCGUAUCCCAUCGUACGUGAAUGAAGCCAACCAUGCAGCAGACAGAGCCCCCGUUAGACGUCCACAAGCCACUCCACCACCACCAGUAGGCCUGAUUCGGUUUGCCGGUCAGAUUUGUGUUGGUAUUUACUUCGGCUCUGUGGCUUUAAUAAGCCUCAGUUCUCUUAGCUUUUUCUACUUCCUAGUGCUCCCACUGAGCGUAGCUACAGGUAUUCAUCUGGUGUCCUCUGUGGGCCAGCAGACCUCUCACCUUCAAAAGACCCUCAUUACGUGCAUCAUCACGUCAUCCAUCUUCUACGGCAGCAAUCUUUCUCCUCUGCCCAUCAGCAUUGCUGGCAGUGUUACUGCUGCGCAGCACAUCACAUUCAAACCUCUGAGGCCAGAGCCACUUGGGCCUCGUCUGUAUCGUCUGAGUUUAGGUGUGCUGGCUUUCUCUGCUCCGCUGGGAUACUGUGCUUUCCACAACACCACUGCCACAUUAUACUACAUAUCGGACUGUAUAGCGGCCCUGCUUGAUUUCUUCUGGUUUAUUCCAUGGCUCAAAGGACUCUUGGAGUAUUUCCUGCUGUUGCCAUACCGUCUGCUAUGUGUCCUGACAGGAGGGGGUUUCUACGAAGAAAGCUGGAGGAAGGUGCUAGAAAUAAUUCUUAAUGAGUACAGUAAAAAAGAAAUGGAGGCAUUGAAGAUACUAUCAUUGUCAGAAGAAGCUUCUCAGGAGGAGGUCACUCGCAGCUAUAGGGAACUGGCUAAAUUGUGGCAUCCAGAUCACAACCCCAAGCGGCAAGCAGAGGCACAAAAGAUGUUCAUUCAGAUACAGGAGGCAUAUGAAAUACUUCUCAACAGACGUAAGACAAAAAGAAGACAAUGAUCUUCUGAGGAAGAGGUCACAUAUGGUUUAAAAGACACAAGAGUUAAUUUUCACAUACUCGAGAAC